AUGUGCCUGUCGGCUGAUGGCGAUUUGCAGCCGAUUACUUUCGAUGAACGGGGCGCAUCUCUUUUGCAACAAAUAUUCGCCUGUACGCAGGUUGAGAUGAAACUAUUGCCCGAAUUUCCAUCGUAUUUGUGCUCGGCCUGCGAAUCGCGCUUGGAUUCUUUGCAUAAGUUUCGCUGCCUAUGCGUUCUAAAGAAUAAAAAAGUCGAACGAGUUCACGAAGAAGUGGACACAACAAAUUUGACCGCUGCCGAAAUAACUGCAAAACCUCCGAACAUACGCCAAACCGAUGGCGUUGAAUCGGUGUGGAUCAAAACUGAGGUUGUCGCAGAACAUCCUUCAGAGGAUUAUCAAUCGAGUGAAACGGUUUCUAAUUCACAACAGAUAAGCGGCACAUACGAUUAUUAUCAUCGUAACGAUUUGUUUGAGGCGGAGGAAGUAUCACUGGAAACUCUUUUGAAACGUGAACCAAUGGACGAGGAACAACAACCAUCGGAUGCAGAUCUGAAACAUGAGCUCAAGACGGAUCCUUCCAAUUUCAGCUCCAAAGGCUCUACAUUGAGUCAAAUGGAUCCUAGUGCUGACGAGGAUUCAGGAUAUCCUUGUCAUCUAUCGGUCUCGACAGUUGACGAGCAGCAACUGUGUCCGUCGAAUGAGCACCGAAGUCCACAACAAGAUAUCACCGUAGCAGAGUUUCCAGAGUUGCCAGAGCAUGAUUCAAAAAUUAAUACUGAUGUCCACAGAAUCAAGCAAAAACGCCAUCAGUGUCCGCACUGUCCACGAGAGUUCGUGCGGGCAGGUGGUCUAAAGAAUCACAUUCGCUGGCACACCGAUGAGGAGCCAUUCCAGUGUGAGGUCUGUGGCAUAACGUUCUACUCGAAACAAAUGUUGAUGGGGCACGCUAGCAUACUCAACUAG